CUUCGAUAUUCCCUGGCCUCUCUUUCUCUCACAAUCUAAUCUUCUUCGUCUUCAAACUCAAUCUAGGGUUCUCUUCUCCUCUCUGUAGGUAGGAUUUUGAACACCCAAAUCUCUCAUCGAAUUUUUCUUGCUCAACGUAUCAUCGCACAAUUCGUCUCUCGUUUUCCGUCACGUGGAUAAUCGAAAUCUCAUAAUCCCAAAGGUAAAACAAUCAAUUCUGGGAUUGGAAUUUUGGAUCCAUAGGAUCGUCAAUUGAAACAAUCCCGAUGGCGUUAUCUAUGAAGCCAUUCAGAGCCGAUGAUUCCGGUUUCCAGUCAAACAAUCUUUGGGUCGGUAGCCUAACGCCGGAGACGACAGAGUCAGAUCUGACCGAGUUGUUUGGAAGAUACGGCGAUAUUGAUAGAAUCACGGUGUAUUCUUCACGAGGCUUUGCGUUUAUAUACUACAGACAUGUGGAGGAAGCAGUCGCAGCCAAAGAGGCUCUUCAAGGAGCAAAUUUGAAUGGAAGUCAAAUUAAGAUCGAAUACGCACGACCGGUUUGUUCUUAUCUAUAUCUUCGUUUGUUCUCUAACUUUGAUUGUCUUUUGUCAACGAUUAUACUCUUUUUGCGAAUUCAUAGUCCAGGUUCACAAAACUUUGAUGAUGCUUGUUUAGUCCAAAAAUUUCUUGUUGAAUCUGUUUUUUUUUUCCUCAUCGUACAAAUCAAAGUCGAAACCUAGUUUUUUUCUAUUAUACGUCGUUAGCUUAAGGCGAAACCUGAUCCGAUCGAAACGUCUUUUCUCAAAUUACUUUGGUUAUAUCGAACUCGCGCAAAGCCAAACCACAGAGAAGCUCUGCAAAAUUUGAUGUUAAAGCAUAUAUAACUCUUAGCGAAUGAGCUCUGCAAAAGAAUACAUCAAACACAUGUUUACUCUCGUUUAUGCGAAGAAGGUUUAAUCCGAUUGUCGUUUAUCUGCAAACUUGUAUCCGCGUUUAGCAGUCUGAUUUCAGGUUCGCUUCAGAUGUUAAAUCUCACAAGCUUGAGUAUGAAUGUAUUGCGUACUCCACUCGAAAUUCGCAAUGGUGAAAAUUUGGAAGCGAGCAAACUCUAUCAUCGGCCAAACAGAUAAGAAAUUUUGGAGUUUAAAAGUUCAGUUUCCUGCAAAAAUCAAACCGCGUGGAGAAAUUUGUCUAUGGCGGUACGUAGAUAUCAAUAACUGCAUCUGCGAAACAGAAAAUUCUGGCAACCGUAUCGUCCUAACUCCUAGUAUCGCUGGCACAUAUCCAUAUCAGUGUGAGGGAGUUUUGGGCUUGUUUUGGCUCGAUGCUUCAGGAAGACAAAUUACGUGGUUGUUAAGGCGGCUAACUCUACCAAUCAGAAACGCUUUAUUCGAAGAACCAUGUUUGUUCCUCAAUUCCCAUCCCUACGUACAAUCUGGGCUUUCCCAUUGUAGUUCCUUAGGAAGUUGACUUCUUCACAACCAUUCUGGGAUUGGUACAGUUGCAGUGGACAAGACAAAUAUUCAUUUGCAGGCAGACUCAAAUUUCAAUGUCUUGCCGGCUUUGAGUACUUAAAUGGAGUGUUCAGGGAUUGGUUUAUUUGGGACUCAGGCAAUGGAUAAAGACAGGAAUGUUUUGCAGAAAGUAUUAAUGUCUUUCCGGCUUUGGGGACUACAUACUUCUCCUACAGACAAAAUCUGAUGUUUAGGCAAAACCUUGUAAGAGUCUAUGGGUGGGUGGAAUCGGCCCUAAUGUCUCCAAGGAUGACCUGGAGGAAGAGUUCAGCAAGUUUGGGAAAAUCGAGGAUUUUAGGUUUCUCAGAGAACGCAAGACAGCUUUCAUUGAUUAUUAUGAGAUGGAUGAUGCUUUACAGGCUAAGAGCAUGAAUGGAAAGCCUAUGGGUGGUAGCUUUUUGCGUGUUGAUUUUCUCCGGUCACAAGCGCCAAAAAAAGAACAAUGGGCUGGCUCUUACGAUAACAGAAAUGGCAAUAUGAAUCAUAAACCGCAGUAUCCUCACUCAUAUGAAGACUUUAAAGGAGAUGUCCAGCCAAGUAAGGUUCUGUGGAUUGGGUUCCCUCCUACUGCUACACAAUGCAAUGAUGAGCAAAUUCUGCACAAUGCGAUGAUACUCUUUGGUGAGAUCGAGAGGGUAAAAAGUUACCCAUCAAGGAAUUUUGCACUUGUGGAGUUUAGGAGCGCGGAGGAAGCUCGCCAAUGCAAGGAAGGCCUACAGGGGAGGUUAUUCAAUAAUCCUAGAAUCAAAAUUAUGUACUCAAACGAUGAGUUGCCUCCUGAGCAAGACGAUACUAGUUUUUACUCUGGUAUGAAACGGUCAAGGACAGAUAUGUUCAAUAAUGAUCCUUCAUUUGUAUCUUCUCCUCAUUCUACUGGAAUUCCUGGGUCUAUGAGGCCCCUCAGAGGUACAAAUGAGCGUUCAUAUAAUGGUGCAGAAUACAAUGACGUUGUUGGUAAGGAGCCAAACUGGAGGAGGCCAUCUGCAAAUGGAACUGGAAUACUCCCAUCUCCAACAGGACCUGGAAUCCUCCCAUCUCCUGCACAAGGUACGAGGCGCCCUAUGAGGUCAAACCCCGAUUCUUGGGAAGGAUAUGAUCCUGCUCAGUUGGUCAGAGAAAGUAAACGAACCAGAAGAGAUGGAUCAGUGGACGGUUUUACUCCAAUGGGUGUCGAUGAGAGGUCAUUUGGUCGAGGUUCAGUUGCUGCUAGACCUAUCCGUGGCCCCCCUGAUUCUGAUCACAUAUGGAGAGGAAUGAUUGCCAAGGGUGGAACUCCCGUCUGUUGUGCUCGUUGUGUACCUAUGGGAAAGGGGAUUGAAACUAAACUGCCUGAGGUCGUCAAUUGUUCAGCAAGAACUGAUUUGAAUAUGCUCGCUAAACAUUACGCCGUUGCCAUUGGAUGUGAGAUCGUUUUUUUCGUACCAGACAGGGAAGAAGAUUUUGCGUCUUACACUGAAUUUCUCCGGUACCUUAGCUCAAAAGAUCGGGCGGGUGUUGCCAAAUUAGAUGAUGGUACAACUUUAUUCUUGGUGCCUCCAUCAGAUUUCUUAACUGAUGUACUCCAAGUGACCCGUCAAGAACGGCUAUAUGGUGUUGUUCUCAAGUUACCCCCGCCAGCCGUUCCUGUUACAGCAUCAUACAGACAAGAAUCUCAGUCCAAUCCUCUGCAUUAUAUGGAUCAAGCCCGGGAUUCACCUGCCAAUGCUAGUCACAGUUUAUAUCCUCCUAGGGAAAAUUACAUUAGGGGUGCACCAGAACAUUUGACAGCUGCUUCAAAACCAUCUGUUAGCGAGCCUCUCAGAAUACCUAAUAAUGCAGCGCCUCAAGCUGGGGUUAGUUUAACUCCGGAGCUUUUAGCCACUCUGGCAUCUAUUCUCCCUGCAACUUCUCAACCUGCUGCCCCUGAGAGUCACCAACCUAUGUCAGGACCUUCAACAGUUGUUUCCACAGCACAUCAGUCCAAUGGACUGUACAAUGGAGAAGCACCGUCUCAAGCUUGGAAAAGAGGUCCACAAACAGUUCAUGAUGCGUCAAAUCAGUCAUUCCAACAAUACGGAAAUCAGUACACUCCAGCUGGGCAACUACCUCCUCCUCCUUCGCGUUACCCUCCAGCUUCAAACAACCCCAACUACACUAGUGGAAUGGUCCAUGGCAACAUGCAAUACCAGAGCCAAUCUGUUAACAUGCCUCAGCUGUCUCCGUUACCAAAUAUGCCUCAUAAUAAUUAUUCCAUGUACACUCAGGGUUCGUCAAAUCAUCCUGUUUCUCAGCCCAUGGUCCAGCAAUACCAACCAGAAGCGUCCAUGCCAAACCAAAACUAUGGUCCAAUUCCAAGUUAUCAGCAAGCUAAUUUUCAUGGCGUAACAACAAAUCAGGCACAGAACUUAAACCCUUCCCAAUUUCAAGCUGCCAUGCAACCACCAGCAGAUAAGGCAAAUUUAGAGCCACAAAACCAAGCACUACGAUUGCAGCCUAUGAUCUCUGGGGAUGGUCAGGGUACAACAGAUGGGGAGGUCGAUAAGAAUCAGAGAUACCAGUCAACACUACAAUUUGCAGCAAACCUUCUUCUCCAGAUACAGCAGAAACAGCAGCAACAGUCUUCAGGUACUCCGGCUGGACAGGGGCCUUGA